AUGUAGUAGUUUGUAAUCACCAAACAUUUGUUACUACUAAACAACAUGGACAUUCAAACAACAAAUACGCGAAGAAAAAUAUUGAAUCAUGUAGUUUGUAGCAUUCUGGUGGAAUGUGGUUACGACACUUGUGAGAAGCAAGCAUUAGAAAUUCUCACAGAAAUGUUACAGUCUUUUCUUAUAGAGGUUGGAGAGUCUGCAAGAAAUUACUGUGAACUGUCUGGUAGGACGGAACCACUCAUUGCGGAUGUUAUAGUAGCAUUAAUAAAUAUGGGUAUAAAAUUAGAUAAUCUGGAAAGUUAUGGCAAGAGGGCUAACAGAACAGUUUUGCCUCAGCUUCAACAACAAACUCAAUCAAAGCAGUUAAAUAUUUUGCAAGCUGGAGUGAAACAAAGUCAUCCAUCUCAUAUACCAAGUUAUUUACCACCUUUUCCUGAUCCGCAUGCAUACAUUAGAACACCGACGCAUAAACAGCCAGUAACAGAAUAUGAAGCAAUAAGAGAAAAAGCAGCAACACAAAAACGUGAUAUUGAAAGAGCUUUGACAAGGUUCAUUGCAAAAACUGGAGAUACACAUAGUCUAUUUUUAACAGAAGAUAAUAGUAUGUUUCCAUUAAUAUCAUGUAAACCACAAUUUCCUAGUUACCUUUCUGCACUCCUUCCACAAGAUCAAGUUUUUGAAACCGAUCAAGAUUUUCAAUUUGAACCAAGUCCAAUUAAAAAGAGAAAGGAGCAAGAAAGAGAAGAAUCAGAAGAAGGUAUGAAAGGACAAAAUGAAGAUGUUGAACAAAAUGGAGAAACUACAACACAGCAAGAUGUUAUAGAUAAUCCUUACUUAAGACCUGGGAAGAUACCAAAAAAUAAAAUGCCAGGAGUCUCAGUUCCUGGAUUACAUUCGAUAAAGAGGGAUUCUCUUGAAUGAUAUUUUUAAUGGUGACGAUUUUGUUAAUUUUAUUAUUUCUUACGUUAAUAUUGUGUACAUAAUAGUAUAUUAUAAAGUAAUAUUUGUAUUUGUAUUGCAUAAUAAAAAUUAAUCUUUAUUAUAA